CUGUAGUUUAUUGUAAAAUUAAAUGUCAGUUCCACAUUUAUCGUAAUUUGUAUGAAGAGAACUAGAAAUAAUCGUAUUUAUGAAUUUUGUAUUGAAUACUCUAUAUUAUAACAUAUUAUUUUUAUUAUUGAACCUUUUAAAACGUUGAAAACAUUGUGCUCAACAUUUACUUAAUUUAUCGCUAUGCAAAGAGAAGAAAAGCAGUUGGAAGCAACUUUACAUGCUAUUUUAAACAGAGUUAAUGAUUUGAAAGGUGCAAUUCAAGCUUUAAUAACAAAGUUAGAAACUGAAUAUGAAACCAUUCAUUGGCCAAGCUUUCUCGAUAAUUAUGCUAUAUUAUCAGGACAUUUGACAGGUCUUAGUAAAAUUCUACAAGCGGAGUUAGCUCCAUCACUGAGAUCCGUAGUGGUAUUACCAUUACAACUUGGCUGUGAGCGUGAUGAAGAACUUGCCCGACUUACAGAGGGUAGAGUACCAGCAUGCACACAUGAUCUUGUCCCAGAUCUUUUGCGGACCAAACCAGAACCUCAAGCAGAACAAAGGUUACAACAACUUAACCAUAAAGCCAGCACACUCAGUUAUGAUACUGCUCAGAAACAAGUAGCUCAAUUCACAAAAGUCAUCAGUCAUGUUUGGGAAAUAAUAUCAAAAGGUCGGGAAGAUUGGGAAGGUGAAUCUAUGAGAUCUGCAGGAAUGCAACCAACACACAGCAUUGCUGAUACACAUGCAUUGGUUACUGCAGUAGGAACAGGAAAAGGUUUAAGGCCAGGAAUGCCACCAUGUGUACCUCAAGGAGUAGCCCCAGGUAUGGGACCAUCAAGAGGACCCACACCACAAAUGGGACCCUCUGCACCAGCCAUGCCCAAAGCACCUUCUGCUAUUAAGACUAAUAUUAAAUCAGCCAAUCAAAUUCAUCCUUAUCAACGUUAAGAUAUUGGUAAAAAAAACAACAAAUUUUAAAUUGUGUUAUUUAUUUGAAUUAAAACUAAUAAAGCAAUUGCAACAAAAAAUUGUUCUUUUAAUUUGUAAUUAACCAGUGUGCUGGUCAAUCACUACCAUUAUAUUAUUCCAUAAGAAAGAUAUUGUGAUACUUUUAGGUAUUUUUAAGAGAAGUAUUUUAUUAAUUAAAACAUUCUUAGUGUUUAAAGUUUAACAUAAACAAGCAUUUUUAA